UCGUGAUAUCGUUUUAAAAUGGUUACCAUGGAGUUUGUUGCUGUCUUCUGUGUAACAGGGAUUCUGUGGGCUCAUGAACAAGACUUAUUAUUAAUAGAUUCAAUCAGACUAGAGUCAGCUUGUAUGUUUGAGGGCGGUAUGUGUGUCAUCGCCAAUGACUGUCCCAAUGGAUCGCUGGUUGGCAGCGGGCUGUGUCCGCUGCAGCAGCGGAUGGGUGUCGAGUGCUGCUAUGGAAUAUCGGUGAAGGAAACAAGGUGCCAAAAGCGAGGCGGAGACUGCGUAACAGAGUGUAUCAGCGACCAGGUAUACCGUAAGGCUACAGGCUGUCCGAAAGACACAAUAUGCUGUUCUGUUAAUUAUCAAUAAAUAAAACGUGUUUUUUUUUGUUUUCUCCUUUCUCUCCAUCCUUUAUUCCUUGUCUGGAUACCGCAAAAGCAAUACCUGGUAAAGCAUAUGCUGGUCCUUAUGAG